AAGAAAGAAAGAAGAAAAGUAUGGAAUAUGUCUUAGUAAUUAUAACAUUACUAUUAUUCCAAAUGCACAACAUUCACCACAACAUUGAGAACUGAUCAUAAAUGCACAAAAUCAUAAAUUUGACAAAAGAUAAAUACAUAUAUCCACAUGAAAGUGUGUUCACCCUUUAGACUUCCAACAAAUCUUAACUCCCACUUAACAAUGGCUGGUUGUGCUAGGAUAACCUUUUGGUUCCUCAUGAUAAUCCCUUUCACAAAUGCUAAGCCUCAGUCUUUCCAUUACUCCAACUUCACUCUUGCUAAUUUAAAGCUUUUAAAUCUGGAAGGCAAUGCCUCAAUCUCUGAUUCAGGUAUCCAACUCACAAGGGAUGGAGUGCAGCCAGAUAGCAAUGGGAUUGGAACACUUGGGAGAGUCACAUAUUCUGAGCAUGUGCAUCUUUGGGACAGCAGAACAAAACAACAGAAAGACUUCACAACCCACUUUUCCUUUGCUGUUUUCUCCAACCAGAGUUCUUAUGGUGAUGGUUUGGCAUUCUUCCUAGCAAGCCCGGAACUCCUAAACGAAAACAACACAGCAAAACAAACAGGUGGUAGCCUCGGCAUUGGUCUUGGUGAUAUCAACCAAACUCUUCUGCAAACUGAUUACCAAUUUGUUGCUUUGGAGUUUGACACUUUCUCCAACGAGUACGAUCCAGAUGGUGCUCAUGUAGGUGUGAAUGUCAAUUCUAUGAGCUCCGAAAUGCUUGUGGAAUGGUGGACAGAUAUUCCAAAUGGGAGACUUUAUAAUUGCAGUAUUGAGUACAGUUCUAGAAGCAAUGAUUUCAAGGUUUUUUUCACUGGAUAUAUAUCCAAUGGUGAUCCUGUGACACAGUACCUGUCAUACCAAGUUGAUACCAAACAGGCCUUACCAGAGAUGGUUGUUGUUGGGAUAUCAGCAGCAACAGGAGGACAUUCUGAGAAGCACACCCUGCUGUCAUGGUCAUUUAGAACAAGCCUACCAAGUACUGUUGCUGAUUUUGAGAAGGGAAGAGACUUAAUCAAGUCAAAACUGUUAGAGGGAAUAGGAAUUGGUGUUGUUGUGCCUUUGGUUUUAUUAGGUUUGGUUCAUAUUUUAUUAUGGAUGAUGAAUAUAGGAAAGGAAGAAAAAGAAGAAGAAGCCACUUCAGAAACCGCUUCUGAUCAGAACAUGGAUGAUGAAUUCCAAAAGAGUUCUGGGCCUAAGAAGAUUUGUUAUUAUGAAUUGUUAACUGCAACAAACAACUUUGAAGAGACACAGAAGCUUGGGCAGGGUGGUUUUGGUGGUGUUUACAAGGGCUAUUUUAGAAACUCAAACUCAUAUGCUGCUGUAAAGAGGAUAUCAGCAAAUUCAAAACAAGGCCUAAAGCAAUACACAGCAGAAGUGAAGAUCAUUAGCCAACUGAGGCACAGGAAUUUGGUGAAACUUGCUGGUUGGUGCCACAAAAAGACUGAUCUCCUCCUAAUAUAUGAGUACAUGCCAAAUGGAAGCUUAGAUUCUCAUAUUUUUCGUGGGAAAAGCAUCUUGUCAUGGCAGGUGAGGUACAGCAACAUAGCUCAGGGAUUGGCCUCAGCAUUGCUUUAUUUGCAGGAAGAAUGCGGAAAAUGUGUGCUUCACAGGGACAUCAAAUCAAGCAACAUAAUGUUGGACUCAGACUUCAAUGCUAAGCUUGGAGAUUUUGGCCUAGCUAGGUUUGUGGAUUCUGAGAAAGGAUCACAAACCACUGUUGUAGCUGGUACCAUGGGUUACCUAGCCCCUGAGUAUAUGCACACUGGCAAGGCCAGAAAGGAAUCGGACAUAUUCAGUUUUGGAGUUGUUUUGUUGGAGAUAGCCACUGGAAGAAAGGCCAUUGACUACCAAGACAUGGAGGUUCAGGAAACAAUUGUUGAAUGGGUUUGGCAACUAUAUGGAUUGGGAAAUAUCCUUGCAGCAGCAGACCCAAAGCUAUGUGGGGUGUUUGAUGUGCAGCAAAUGGAGUGUUUGCUGGUUGUUGGCCUCUGGUGUGCUAAUCCAGAUUGCAGAUCCAGACCCUCCAUAAGGCAAGUGAUUAAGGUGCUUAACUUUGAAGCUCCUUUACCUGUUCUCUCACAAUCGGUACCUGCGCUAAUGUAUCUCCCAUGGACAACAAAUGAGUUGUUUUUUACAGUUUCAUCUUCCUUAAAGGCUACAUGUUGAUUGGUUUGGAAAUAAACAACAUGUCAUGUACAUAAACUAAUACUGCAAUGCAUUAAGAACAGCAUGCAAUUCUGCAACUAAAAUGUUUGGUGGAUAUAGAAAGAAGAAAAUUGAAACUGAACUCUUAGUACAAUAAGACAAUUUUGAACAAAUUGUAUAAGAAUUAAGAACUACAGCUCAAGGAUCUGAAUCUAGAUAUGAAAAAUCAAACUUAGUGACUAAUUUCUGUCUAAUUCUAAUGAAACUGAAGAAAAGGAAGAUGAAACUGAGAUAAAAUGCUCAUUUGUUGUUGGAGAGCGAAGAGCAAGGUGAGGCAUUUUCUGUGGUAAAAUUGGCAAUGAAGCUUCAAAGUUUAGCACUUUAAUCACUUUCCUUAUACAUGGCCUUGAUU